ACUGACUUUUAGACCCGAACCAACUCGAUUAGGCUCUAACCCUAUCCACAGGCCUAGACUCCGAGUCCAACAAGCCAUUCGCCAUACGCUACUGGACCAAUAACCAGUAACGAAUAACCAAUCAAUCACCCACCCUUAAACCAACCCCACACCUCCCUUAACGUAACCCAGUUGGCUAACUGCCCUACCUCUUUUUUCCUCUCUCUCUCAUGGCCUCCAAGCAACACGACACCGUUUUCCCCGAAGAAGACCAAGACCUCGAUGAUGACGAGGAAUCUUCCGACGAAGAUGAACUCGAAGAAAACGACGACGUUCUAGUCGACGGAGAAGAAGAAGACGAAGAAGAGCCCAAUUCCGCCUCUGUGGUCUCUUCUGUUGUUACUCCUUCCGUAACUGUCGCAUUCCCCUCUGCUUCUGCCAUCGCCGUCCCUCCUAUCUCUGUCUUCACUGUCACGCGCCCUCCCGACGAUCCCUAUCCCAAACCGCUACGCGUUUCCGAAAACGUGGUGGCUCUAGAAGAGAAGAAACCGGUCGUUCCGUUGCCGUUGGAUGAAUCUAGACGGCUGUUUCAACGGCUGUGGACGGACGAGGACGAGAUCGAACUUUUGCAAGGGUUUCUUGAUUAUACUUCGCAGCGUGGCAACGCGCAUCAUCAUGAUACAGCUUUGUUUUACGAUCAGAUUAAGUCAAAGCUUCAGGUUGACUUCAACAAGAAUCAAUUAGUCGAGAAGCUUCGGAGAUUGAAGAAGAAGCAUAGAAAUGUUAUGAGCAAGAUCAGCUCAGGUAAAGAUUUUACUUUUAAAACGGCUCAUGAUCAAGCCACGUUCGGAAUUUCUCGCAAGAUCUGGAGCACCACUAAUGUUAAUGUUUUAGACGAUGAAGAUGCGAAUGCAAACCAUAAUAAUCAUGCUAAUUUUAGUAAUGAAUUUAAGGGAAAUAGUACUGUUGUUGUUAGUAAUAAUAAUCAUGAAGAGAAGAACACGCCCAAGUCUAGAAAGCGGCCAAGGGCAAAGUCUGGGGCUAAUGAGAAUGCUGUUGUGAUGAAUAAUACUGAGAAUGUUAAUGUGAAUAAUAAUGGGAUUGCGGGGGUGGUGGAGGAGACGGUUAGGAGUUGUUUGUCGCCCUUGUUUAAGGAGUUAUUGGGUAAGGUGAUGGGAAGAGGGAUUGGGGGGUUGGCAAUGAGUGCUGUGAUGCCUUUGGGAUUUGUUGGGACGGCAAUGGGGUUGGGUGGAAGUACAAGAGCUGAAGUGGCGGAUGAGAGGUGGAGGAAGCAGCAGAUUUUGGAGUUGGAAGUGUAUUCUAAGCGGUUGGAGCUAGUGCAGGAUCAGAUUAAGAUGGCAUUAGAGGAGUUGCGAUCGAUGGGAGGGUGAUUUCUGAUUGGAAUGUGGAGGCAGUGGUUUCAGGUAUCUUGUUCUAUUAAAGAUUUGUUUUGAUCAAUGGGUGGUUGGUUGGCUGAUAGACUACGGAAUAGCUGUUUUUGGAGCUUCAUAUUUAUUUUUCUUCAAUCAACCCAUCUUAAAUAAUGGUUUUUUGUUUAUACAUAGAUUGGAAUGACUCUCUUUUAUAAAGAUGUAGCCUUUAUGUAUAAUGCAUUGUUUUUUUUUUCCUUUCAAACAUGUGCAAUUAUUAGUUUUUCGAGAUUGCUGUCUUGACUUGUUAUCUAAAGAUCAUGAUGCCCUCUCGCAUUCAA